AUGACACACUCGCACUCCCAUCUCGGCGUGAACAAGAACGAACCACUCUUCCUUGUGCGGACACCGCGUCUCUCGGUGGGCUCGGGCGACAUCAUCCUCUUGAAUGGAACUGACAAGCUCGAGACUCCCCUUGCCUCAGUCGGCGCUCUAGAGCUCAAGAGCACUAAAGCCUGCGCCGCCGAGCUGCGACUCAAGCCGCGCCCCGGCGGCUCAUUCACUCAGCCGGUAGAGAUCAACAUGACCGUGGGAAUCCAGAACAAAUACCAAUUCACCGCUCCUGUCGGUCCCAAUGGUCAGCAUGAGACCUUCGAGUGGCGCCGGAGCACAGGCGAGUUAGUGCGCGACCUCCCCGGCGGCUUCCAGUACGGCAUGAAGCUCGUCCGUCUUGACGGCGCAACUGGAGGUGCUAGCAGUAAUGGGAAAGUGACCGUCGUCGGAGGUGACGGCAAGCGCAUCGUGGCAAUCUUUGCUGCCGUGCGCCCGCAAUGCACGAGUGCCAAGUUCCGCUUUAUGAAUGAGGGAGCGACGGGUGAGUUGGGAGAGGUGUUUGAGCUUGCUGCUAUGAUUAGCUUUAUGCGUUUGUUUAAGUUGCAACUGUCUCAGGGUGGUGUUGCCAUUGGUCCUGGUAGCUCAUGA